AUGACACAGUAUACAACUUUUGAAUCUUUCUCAUCUCUGAAGUCUGAAUCAUCUUCAUAUUCUCAUGUUUCACAGAAGCAAGGAAAAUCCAAAGCUGCUAAUAGAUUUCGAAGGUAUCAAGAGAGUAACUACAUGGACCCCAAUCAAGGCCUUUGUCUGGGUGCACUCUUUGAUAUUGCAGCUACAAAUCCAAGGUUUUGGGUUGGAGACUUGCGAAUGUUGAAGGUGAGCUUCUAUAAGGUUGUAGAAGCUGCAGGCCAUUUCCCCAAUAUCCACAUCGAACAACCAAAUCAAGUCAGAGCAGAACUAUGGACUGCACCCAUUGAUGUAUUCUGGUUGCUUCUAGUCCAGAGAUUCUUGCGCGUAUUAAGAAUUGAACAGAAGAAGAUUGUGAACCGUCCAUUGGCUGAGACAUGUAAAAGGGGAAAGACUCUAGAAGAAGAUGAAAAGUUAUCAGCGCAGCUCCUGAAAGAUGAAAAGCAAUGUGCAGAGCAUGUAAUGCUGGUUGAUUUGGGACACAAUGACGUUGGAAAGGUCUCAAAAAGUGGUUCUGUUAAAGUUGAGAAGCUUAGGAAUGUUGAAAGAUAUUCCCAUGUCAUGCACAUAAGCUCAAUGGUUACGGGAGAGCUGCAAGACCAUUUGACCUGCUGGGACUCCCUUCGCGCUGCGUUGCCUGUUGGAACUGUCAACGGAGCACCAAAGGUGAGGGCCAUGCAAUUAAUCGACGAAUUGGAGGUGGCAAUGCGAGGGCCUUAUAGCAGAGGAUUUGGAUACAUUUCUUUCUCAAGCGACAUGGACAUUGCUCUAGCUAUGAGGACAAUAGUAUUUCCAACCGGAACGAGGUACGAUACAAUGUACUCAUACAAAGACCUAAACCAACGGCGCGAGUGGAUUGCAUACCUUCAAGCUGGUGCUGGUAUAGUUGUUGACAGCGACACUGCGGAUGAGCACCAAGAGUGUCAAAACAAAGCUGCUGCUCUUGCUCGAUCCAUCGACUUGGCAGAGUCAACAUUUGUUGAUAAAUAGGAUAAGAACUAUUAUCAGGUCAAAACAAAAUUCUAUUUCUCAACACUGCCAUGAAAAUUGUUGAAUGCCUAUAUUAUUCUGAAUGGGAAAUAAAAUGCAAUCACAACAAACUUAGAUAGUAGUAACUAUUUAGUAUCAAUGGUUUGGGUCCUCCAUGUCUCUCAACUAUCAAUAGUACAUAUUCUUCAUGUAUUUCUCAAUUAAUUAUUAUAAAUUUGUGAUGAUUCUAUUAAAUAGUAACUAUUUAAUAGAAUUAGUAAAAUUAAAUUA